CAAUGCUCGCCCUGAUUGCGCCAGGUGCGUUUCUCCCUGUUGAUUGGCUGAGCGGUGGAAAUCUCCGGGUACAUUUCACCCUCCAGAGCACCUCGCACUGUAGUCCUUCAAGUUCUCCUCCUCACUGCAGGCCAGCAAGUCCACCAGACCCGCAGCAGGAUGCCUAGUGAAACCAGCACCGACACCGUGGAGCAGGAGCAGGCCCAGAACACAGAGGACAGAGUAGUUAGGAGGGACGGUGUGUUUCGCUCUGUGGUGCGCGGCCUCUUCUGGCCUUUCGGCAUCGUGGUGCAUGCGUAUCGCGGGUUUUGGUGGGUGCUGGGCUUCAGGCAGCCACAGGAGAAACCCCGACUAGUCCCGCUGUCUCCAGUCCCAGCCGCCAGAGCCUUGCCGGCAGGAAGCGGCUCCACAGGGGUGACCCGCCUGCUGCUGUCCAUCCUGCCCCGCUGGGUGCAGAGCGCCCUCGGCUACCCGGUGUCCAGCAACAUUGGGCGCUCCCUCUCACCAGAAAUCAGAGUCUCUCCUACAAAGCCGUGUGGAAAGGGCAGCAAAAGAAAGCAGGAUGAGUUGGACGAGGAUGAGGACGACGAGGAUCAUCCGACCUGGGUUGAGGCACUCACCCAGGAACUUGCUGAUGAUGAUGUCCCAGAAGAGGAUCCUGACUAUGAGCCCAGUACAGUAGAGACUGAGAGUGAAGAGUACUGCUCGCAAAACAACACGGAAAGCGACAUUGAGGUUCAGGGGAAGGACGUGGUCGUGAUUGAGGAUGUGAACACGGGUCUUGAGGAGUCCCCAUCUGAAGCACCCCUGGCUGCAGUUUAAUGUGUCAUAUUGACAAUGUGUUGUAUUGUUCCACUGUUUUUUGUAUGUUUAUAAAUUAAUUCAAUAAAACCUUUGCCUUGA